AUGUGUGAGGCGCAUAGAGAAGUACAACUAGUAGUGAAGGAGAUAUUCUGUGGCGGUGAAGGGGUUACUACUCGGGCUUCAGUACCACUGAAGGAUCACCAGUUGAAGAACUGGCCUGCAAGUACUACUGGAGUGCGCAAUGACCGCAAUGAAUGGAUCAAAGUGAAAGAUGGCACAUCUGAGUAUAAAAAUAGGCUGUACCUGAGCCCCGUGACCUCCUAG